AUGGCCACCAACGCUCCUGCCCCUGUUAACCCUGAGCUUGUCGUAAGUACACCCAUCUCGAUCUUCCCUCGUCGGCCCUCAUAAGGUCAUGACGUAUCGAUCGCCAUCGCGCUUCCCUCGUCUCCGAUGACCGAGCGCACCAUCGCACCGUCGCUCCGACACUCGAAGCGGACCAGCUUCUACAGCAUGACGCUGACUCAUCGGUUCCGAUUCCACCACCGAUAGAUCCGCAAGCUCUCCGAGUCGACGACCAUCUUCUCGUGCCCCUUUGCUCGAGGUGGCCUCGUUCCGUUCGGAGGUCGUUCAACCGCGAUCAAGCUCCAAGAUGGCAACGUCUGGCUUGUCGCCUCGCACCCUCUCGAUCCCGAGUGAGUCUCAUCAUCAAUCUGUACCAUUUCAAGUUCUUAGGCAUUUUUCCCAAUCGCUCAUACGUCCGUAUCGACGUCACAGUACCUUGACAACCUUGAACAACCUCGGCCCGACCAAGUUUAUCAUUAGCCCCGAUAGGGAGCACAACAUCUUUCUCAAGCAGUACAUCGACGCCUACCCGGAAGCCCAAGUCUUCGUGCCGCUCGGAGUCAAGGAGAACUGGCAGAAGAAGGGCGAGAACUCGUUGAUCAAUCGCAUCACGUUCACGUUUGGUCAAGGCAAGGCCGAUCCGUUCCCGGCUUUGACAAAUGGAGAGAUUCUCAGUGCGGACUUUGGCAAGGCCCAUGGGAACGAAGAUGUGAGCCGGUUUGCAUGGCUCAAUCCAGCCCCAGAUGAGAAGAUGAGACACUAAGACUUGUUCUGUUGUUCUUGAGGGAUUUAGGUCGCGUUCUUGCACGUCCCCACCAAGACUUUGAUCCAGGCCGAUCUCCUUUUCAACUUGCCGCCUGAUGAGCAGGUGAGUGCAAACCAAUACUCCAUCCUCAAGUAACAUUAGGUCAUGUUCCAAAAUGAUCCACAGUACUCGAAAUCAACCAAGAAGUCGACCGCUUUCCUGGCUACCAACUUGCUCAGGCCCGGAAGUGAGUGCUCUUUCCGGGAGGCUCGAGAGGGCUACGUGUUGGAGGAGCGGAAAAGUAUCAUGAUUUCGAACUCGAUCACUGACAUCUUUCAUCUAUCUUACCUAGCGAUUGGUCACAAGGUGUGCCUGCUCAUCUUCACCCUCCGGGGUCUGCGUCUGAACGAAACGGCUGACUUUUUGCCCACUUUUUUUUUCCGCAGCGACUGGCGUGGUACCUUAUGGGCAAGGAUAAGAAGGUUAUGACCGAGCAAGCCAAGGUCGUUUCAGCCUGGGACUUUGACCGCAUGAUCCCUUGCCAUGGGUAGGUUUCAUUGCAGCCUCUCAGCAGAGCCUUGAACUUAUAGGGGCGAACCCUUCAGAAAGAGUUGCUGAUAGCCGAGGCUGACUAAUCUCACAGUAACGUCAUGGAUUCGGGAGCCAAGGCGGCUUGGAACUCGACCUACGAUUGGUACAUCAACGGAAAGAAGUGA